UGGUCCUGAACUGCGUGUGAUGAGAGAGAAGAAACACUGCCUCGGGCACCCCCGGAGCCCUCACAGGAGCCCCUGGGCAAGGUGUGAGGUUGUGUCAACAGAGGAGAUGCGUUGUCUGGAGCAGAGAGCAGGCGCCUGCCCUUCGUAUCCCUCUGACCAGGAGGAAGACGGGCAGGGAGCUGCGGGGGCACCUGUGCUGUGAGCAUAGGCACAAGAGUCCUCUCCUCCCAUAACAGAAGGUGGGAACCAAAAGGUGAGCAGACCUUUGCUCAGGGAGGAGGAUUGAGAGGAAGGCGCUCAGCUCCAAGGAUAGACCUAGGCUUUUCCUGUAUGUAUCUAGGGAGGGAAUGGUGAAUGCCAAUGAACCUGCCUUCCUUUUAGGCAAAAACGUUUACUGGUGCCUCAGACUACACUAACAAGAGAGUUUUUAGUUUGUUCCCUCGGGAUGUUACCUGUUGCUUUGUCAUUAAGACCCUUGUCAUCAUUUUUUUUUUUUUUUUUUUUUUGCAGGUUUCACAUAAACUGUUUACCAGACAUGCCCCUGCAUGUCCUGUACCUAAGCUGAUAAAGCAUCUAUGCACUUUAAUCUCAAGUCUGUGCCAGUCUGCUAGUACAGUGUGAGCUGUGCCUUGAACCUUGGAUAUAAAGACCUACCAGCCAAAGUCUUGUUCCUGCCUUAGUAAUGUUCCAGAGGUUAAAUAACAUGCUCAUGGGAGAGAUUGAUAGCUUGUCCAGCCAAGAGCCAGAGUUCAGUGAGAAAGAAGAUGAUGAGUGGAUACUGGUUGACUUUAUAGACACUUGCACUAACUGCUCCGCGGAGGAAGCGGACAUCGCUGAAGCAUCGGCCGCAGAUGGCUCGCCUGUCUUCUCUUGUUUACCAUCUCCCUUGGAACACUUGCCAGAGGCCAGCGAGUCUUGCUUCAUCCAGUUCGAGUCGUGCCCCAUGGAGGAGAGCUGGUUUAUUACCCCUCCCCCGUGUUUUACUGCAGGUGGAUUAACUGCUAUCAAAGUGGAAACCAGUCCGAUGGAGAACCUCCUCAUAGAGCAUCCCAGCAUGUCUGUGUAUGCUGUUCACAAUACCUGUCACAGCCUUAAUGAGACGGGGUGUGGAGAUGAGGAGUUUCACAGCCCAGGUAGUCCCAGGUAAGUGUGGUCAAUCUGAAGCUGAUCUUCAAUCCUUCAAACACAAUCUAGAGUAACUAGAGUUGCAUUCUUUUGAAAUGACACCUAAAUCUCCAAAUAUCUUGCAGCAGGUCCUGAAUGUUGAUGUUAAAUAUCAAUGUCUUGGAAGCCUAUCACUAAGAUAGUUUGUGUGCUGUUUUAUAAACUAUGAUGCAUAGAUGGGUUCUUAGUUGGUCUUUUAAAGAAACUUAACUGAGAUGGAAAUCAGUUACAUUUUACAUUAAUCAAAGUGGAGUUAGAAGAAUUUGAGGUUAGGUGUAUUCUUUAAUGACCAGAACUUGACAGCUUGUGUAUCUGUCUGUAUUCAGCAUAUAUGGUUACUUCCUAACAAAGACAUACUAUAGCUGCCAGUGGAUAUUACAUAGCUAUGCUGAACUGUUACAAGAAGGACAUCUAAUGUAAAUUGCCUAGUACCUACUCGUGUUCGUGGAGUCUGUGUAGGUGUGUUGGGUACUUGAGAUGGGUAUCAAAAAGGGUUAAAUGUCCAUCCUCCCCGCCCCCCAGUAUUGUUGCAGUAGGAUAUGGCACUGGUGUUACAGAUGUAGUACCUCACAGUGGAGUGGAAGGAAAAGUGGGCCUAUGGGUUAAGUGCAGACAUACAACACAGAGCUGAACUGGGUUUUACUUGGUGCAGUUUGAGUUCUUAUUCCGUUUCUCUAAUUCUUUCUGGUUUUAAGAGAUGUAUUUCCCCUACCCCAUUUCAUUUAAUCUCUGGUCUACUUACAGGAAAAGAAUGGUGUAUUGACUGUUCUUUUAAUCCCAUCAGUAGCUGACUGCUCUUUAAAGAAGUCAGGCUGAUGGAUAGCUAUUUCUGAGCUGCUAAUUGCUGUUAGAUUGUCUCAUAUUUACAGAGUAGCUCAGAAGUAGCUAGAAGGAAGGUCUUAUUAGUUCCAAUUUUCUCUCUUUCUCUCUCUCUAAAAAUGAAGUCCAAGUUAAUUGCGACUGGAAAUGAAGGGCAGUGUGUGGCAGGGAGAAGAGGAUGCUGGAAAACAGUCUUACAGAACUAAACAGAGAUACACACAGGAGUGUAUAAAAAUGGAGAUAGAUCGGCAGUGUUGUUCCCUUAGCCCAUUGAGGGCAGAAGGACUGGAUAGCAAUUCCAUGGGCCAACAGGAAAGAAAAGCCAUUCAAAACUGACAAGUAAUUUUUUUAAGAACACUGUACAACAUGUUUUGGAAGUUGGCAGGCACUUGAAAAACCCAGAACACAAAGUUCACCUCUUAAUAAAGAGUGUAUAUUAAACAGCAGCCACAUGGCAUGCCAAACCCUGAUAGAUCAAUCUGGGAAGUAGACUAAAUGCCUAUGGAGGUGAGGAAGCAGAAAUCUGCACUGAAAAAAGAGGGGAAAUAUCAGUAGGUUUAUCCCCCUUUCUGUCAGUACUUAAUGUGACUUACUGUUUUUAACUUGUGUUUAUUGCCUAGGGCAUUAAAGUGUUAACAUUACAUUCAACAACGUCUUCCAGUAGUCCUUAUACAGAAGCUAGUAUAAGGAGUCAUGUGAGGAUUCUUUAAAAUCAGGCAAGAUCAAUAAUGUGAAUUAUUCUAGACCUAUGAAGUAUUUUAAAUUCAGCCAAAUGCUUCAAAUUCAUUGAAGCCAAACCCCAGCAACUUGGAUUGACCUUGAUGUAACGGUACUGUUGCACAUUCUGCAGCUGGAAUUGUUGUGGAACAUGCUUAGUAUACAGGAAAUGGCACUUGUAACCUCUGUUUCACUGCAGAUGUGCUGCUUCACUGGGAUUAGUAAAGAUUCUUGCCAGGGGAUGCUGACAAAUAGUUAAGUGUGUAAAAUCAAUAGGUGCUUUCCUGGAUACGCUGGUCUCCUUUAUUUUAUUUUUUUAAGACACAUUGAAUUCACAUGCACAGUGAAAGAAAACAGAAUUGGUCACACCAGAAGUUUCCAAAACAGAUUUUUAUUACCAUUUUCAGCAGUACGUGCCUGUGUCCAUACAACAAUUCUCUGGUGGUCCAAAUACUCUGGUUUAUCUGCAAAUAGCUGUAGUUUCACCAGUCUCUCAUCUGCUCAUGAAUACUCUUACUUGCCUCAGAUUAUCUACUUCUAUCACUCCAGCUUUUCGCCCAGUUUAAACUUCCUUCUCCUCACUGCCAACUUUCUAGCUCAGGAAAAUUCUUUUCUUCCCUGUAUUUUUUUUUUUUUCUUCGUAUAAAAGUAAUUACUUUCCUUCAGCUUUAAUUGUCUUAAAGUGAAAUGAAGGAAGAUGGAGUCUCCACCUCCCUGUAUUAGAAGGAGUUAAGUAAUCCUUUAACUCCUGACAGGGAGAUGGGUGUUGAGAGUAUAAGGCUCCCAGGCAUUACAGUGAGAGCCUUGGACUGUUCUUCUCAGUAGGCAAGUAAAUGCAACUUUAGACUGCUCCUAGAAUUGGGAGAUACUGAUCUUUUUAUACUACAUUACUAGAUGACUCUCUGGUGAUGAAAACCUAUAUCUUUCAGGAUAUAAACUAUUUUGUUGCACAAGCUGUGCUUCUCAAUUUGUAAUAUUAGAAACCAUAUUACUGUGUGAGAUAGUACUGCAUCAAUGGCUUUUUUUAAUGUGUUUUACAUAUUUAUGUUGGUCUAGCCCUGUUUUGUGCCUGGAGCUAUUGGGCAAAUAGAUUUGUUUUGGUUUUGUGUUUUAAUAGCAAGCUGUGUGGCUUCUUAUAUGGUUUUUUGACUUGUAUUAAAGUGUGUGUUCUUGUAAAAAGCGGAGGCCUUGCACUGUCUUAUACUGAUUGAUAUUCAUGAAUCUUGCUGAAACUGUAUUUUCAUAUGUAUUGGUCAAUAGACAGAUUUGCAUUUUAAACUGUGCCUUCUACACAGCAAACUUGAAGAUUCAAAAGGGACAUUUCAGUUAGGAUUAAUACUGUACAUCAGUCUAUGCAUAUAUGGCAGCUUCUCUCCAGAGCCACUUCUCUAUUUGUAGCAGUCCUUUUGAUAUGGAAGAAUGUCUGGCUCUUAUUUUUAAAAGUAUAACACAAGCUGAAAAACAACAAAAUACAGCACUUUGCCAAAAAGUAGCAUUGCUUAACCAGUGUGUAUUUACUAAAGUGAUCUUCUGUAUUUUGUUUUCAUAGUGCGUUGUGCACAUUGUGGGGAAACAUGAUCUUAACUCUCAAUAAAAAAUGGCCUAUUAAAA